AUGCAAGUGAAAAGGCACUCUGCCAACAAACCAGAGAUUGAUGUUAAACACUUUGUAGAGUGGAUGAGAUUGGAGCCUCAGUCCAUGGUGUGGCUGCCUGUUCGACACCGUGUGGCAGCUGCUGAAACUGCAAAACAUCAGGCUAAGUGUAACAUCUGCAAAGAGUACCCACUCGUAGGUUUCAGGUGCCGCAGCCUCAAACACUUAAAUUAUGACAUCUGCCGAAGCUGUUUCUUUUCGGGACGCACAUCCAAGGGGCACAAGUUACAUUACCCAAUGGUGGAGUACUGCACUUCAACAACAUCAGGUGAAGAUGUGCGUGAUUUCACCAAGGUGCUGAAAAAUAAGUUCAGAUCAAAGAAAUACUUGGCCAAGCAUCCUCGUUUGGGUUAUUUCCCAGUACAAACAGUCCUAGAAGGACACAAUCAUCGCCUUGGAAGCUUCAUCACGAUACUACUUUGCAUUUCUGAAGAGGGAAGAAGAAAUCAACAUGCAAAUUCAAUUCCAUGGUUUUGGAAGUCCCUUUGAGAACACGAUUCAUUUGC